AUGGCACAGCCUCUGGGCUCUUCUACUCAACCUACUGCCGCUACCCAGUCCCAGUCCAGCUCUCAAACAUCCCUGUCACGCUUUCGCGCAGGUCUUGAUGUGCUUGGCUUGACCUGGCCGACAUCUACGAUCGCUACGGCCGCUCAGCAGACACCCCAACAGGUGUCUCAACCAUUGACGCCGCCAGGAAACAAGGGAAGUGAUAUCAUCCGUAUUCUAGUCAACGACGCCAUGGGGACUACGCAGACCUUGAGUGACAUGAGCUUGCCUUUGAACGUGGAUCGUAUCAUUGACGUUGCGCCUGCUGCCAAUGCCUUCGGGCCUUGCAAUGUCCGGCUGGUGGGUGCCAAAUCCCCUUCACGUGCCUCUCAGCUCAUCAAUGCAGGUGCUUCGAGCAUUGCCACGAUUACCGAUCGCUUCGGUCGAUCAUCACUACUUGUCGGAUGCACUGCGGGUCUGCAAUUCUUCACCUGCAGCCAAGCUACAGAUCGCACCCAGACGGGCACACUUCUCACCUCGGACCCUCUGUUCUGUUCCCCAUCAAUAUUGAGGAUAGCGCAAGACCAAGACAGCGUCGUAAUCUGGUCACUCAGUGGCCAGAAGACUUUGGGAUAUACAGCAGUCAGCGCUAGCGCAAUGGGUUCUGGAACACCUUGCCCAGUCCUACCAAGUACCUCUUUCACUGGAUUCUCAGCAUGUGUCUCGAGUCCAAGCCCACAGUCAGGACCUGCAAUAUCUCAAACACUGAUUGCCAACGAUACGGUCGGCAAUCUCAGUCUCCUGCAACAAUUCAGUGACUCCAAGCUUUGGCGUUCCCAACCUUUCUAUGUUGCAGCCAGCGCAGACGUCAUGGCAGUGCCGAGUUACACAAUCACGAUUUCUACCACCACAGGUGUGGCAAACACUUCCACUUCUAACGGAAAUAUCAUCAUGUCCGCCUCAUCGUCUAACAAUGUGAUAUGUAAUGGCUCAGCUGCUACAUUGACUACCGCACCAACAGCCUACCCACUGGAUGAUGCUGGACAGCUUCACCUUAUUGUUGCCACAGACAGCAUAGCGGCUCAGACACUGACACUCUCAGGCCUCAAGGACGCCCAAGGCAAGGACCUCAGCGUGGGCACAACAUACGUCGACCCUAGUCGCAAGAUCAUAAAAGCACUUUCCCAAUUCCAGACGGGAGACGAUUUGACUGCUGCUUUGACGCAAAAGCUUCAUCCCCCUCUCGCACCAGGAGAUGUCCCAGACAAAGGCUUGCUUAAAGACGCUGCUGCUGGUAUUCAACAACUUAUUCUUGAUAAGAUCAAACUUGGGAUCGACAAAUUGGUUCAGCUCUUGGGCUAUGUUUUUGACUGGAACGCCAUAAUGACCCUCAAAAGAAACAUGAAAGAUAUAGUGAACAGUGCGUUAGAUUAUGGUGCGCAAGAGAUCAUGGCUGCCCAAUCGAAAGUCGACACCUUUUUCGACAUGCUGGAAAGCAGGCUGCCACAGAGUCAGACUGCUCUUGACCCUGCAUUCUCUGAUAAGCUCGCAGAGACGGGCGGGUCACCCGAUCCAAGUCUUGCUUCGGGCACAGCGUUGAAUUGGGCUGGAGAGCGUCUCAAAAGUGGUUCCAUCGCAGAUAAUCCAGCGCUCGAUGGCUUUGACAGUAUGUAUUCUCCCAUCGAGAAAGGUAUUGGUGGAACAGACGACAUAACCCAAAUGAUAGAAGAUUCAGUCUCUAUCAACACCGCCCAAUUUGAGGCUGUAUUCAGAGCCUUAGCUAAAGACGUUACGGAUUUAUUCCAGAGUCAGGACGCAGCGACCGCAAUCGAUGCGCUGAAGAAUCUCGGCAAAGAUCUCCUGUUUGAUGCCAUUGAGGGCAUGAGAUUCUUGGCAAAGGCUCUCCUGAAGAUUGUCGCGUCGAUAGUCCUUCUCAUCAAGAAGAUCGCCAACACCACAUUGAUCAAUGAAGGCGACGCGCCUAGUAUAUUGGACAUUGUCUGCUUCUUGAUUGCAGUGCCUGGGUCAGUUGCAUACAGGGCGGCGAACGUAGGCAACAUGCCCCCUGUAAUCAACGCAAAUGACAUGACCAAUUUUGCUUUCGAUCCGACUUCGAUAGGAGACACCACGCCCGCUGCAAAUGCACCAGACCAAGGUUCGGCGCAGCCUGCAGCGAAUAUCGCUUCCGCCGCUACCAUCGUGCCAUCGGCUCAAAGCUCGACGAUAUCUACCGGAACUCAAGACUCAGCAGAGCCUGUAGCGAACGCCAGUUUUGCCGCUAUCUUACCAGCAGCCCAAGGCUCGACUACAUCUCCAACAGCGCCUACGUCCAGCAAUGCGCCCCCUUCCUUUACAUUUCAGAACCCAAAACCCUACAAGUCAUCUGGUGGCAGCGAACUGUCGAAAUUCCACAUCAACCCCUCCGACAACCUCGCCCUAUUCGGGUCUCAAGUAGCAGGCAUGCCCUCGCAAGUCGCCGACGGCGCCAUCGUCGCCUACAAAUUCAUCACAGACAUCGACCCGAAACCCAGCGCGCUAACCGCCGUCAUCUCCGCGUGCAUGGCAGGCACGGGGCUGAUCAAAGGCGGCAUCAUCGCCUACACUGCGGGCAGCGCACUCAAACAAACGCCCGGGAGCAGCAACCCGGCCGGGGACAAAGGCGCGACGAAUCUCAAAGGCACCGCGAACUCCAUCCCGCCGGGCAAGAUGAAAUACCGGUACAUAGCGGUGGCGAUCCCGACCAUCGGCGCCAUCUUCAGCCUGCUGAAGCAAGACUUCGACGUUGCGGGGAGCCGGCCUAGGUGGUAUACGGCGUAUCUGACUCUGAUUAAUGGCUUGAUGGGGUUUCUGUGCAGCGCGAUCGGGAAGGGCCAGGUCGAUACUGAGGCGGAACAGGGCUUGCAAGCCAUCAAUGCCGUUAUCAACACUAUCAAUUUCGUCUUCUUUGCUUUCGCGUACGAUGAGGAGCUUAAGGCCGCCGCAGCUGAUUUGCCGAACGCGGGGGGAAGGGGGGAAGGGGGGAAGGGAAAGUACGAUCCCUCCGUCGCGAGCAAGUUGGGGAUCGGGGCUAUGUGCAUGAAUUAUGUGGGGCAGGAUUUUGGGACGGGCGCGUUUUAUGCGCUUAAGGAGGAGGAGUAUGAAGUUGCGGUGCCAUUGCUGGCGGGGCAGAUGAGCUGGAAUUUCGAGUGUACGGCUGUGGAGAUGUUUAGGUGGUGGGUGAUGUUUAAGGGGGGGUGUAUCCUACUAUUGCGAGGCCUUGGUGAGUGA